GGGCCCGGCCCACGGGGUGCGGGGAGGGGCGGCCGCGGCGGGAGGAGGGGCCCGGAGUGCGGCCGAAGGACACCCCGUCCUCUGAAUGCUGCCACCUGACUGAGCCCGACGCUGGCGAGAAGGCGGCGCCGCUGCCCUGGCAGCUGGGCUGCACUUUGCCCCGGCCCUGACCCCAGCCGCCGGGGCAGCGCCGGCUGCGCGAGCUUCGGGCCCGCCCUGGGCACCCGGCCCGCCCAGCGCCCGCCGCGCCCCGGCCCCCGCCGCUGUCCCGAGGUGCGACUGGCGCGCAGCUGGCCCGGCGACGUGCUGUGUAAGUGAGCAAACCGAGAGGUGGGGCGCCGGUGUGUGCCCGCCGGUCUCCGCUCGUCAGCCUUGCCCUUUUCAGUUUUCGACGGCAGAAACCUUCAUGAAACCAGACCUUUCUCAGCCAGGUGCCCCGGAUCGACCCUCACAUCUGCACCUCCUAAUUAGGAGCGCUAGCCUCCGCCCCUUCCACCUUGUUCUGAGCCCCACAUGAAGGGUGUUGCAUGAAGAGAUGCUGUUUCACUCUCCUCCGUCCUACCUGAAGAGCAAAUGAAGAUUUUCAGAUAAACACUACAUGUGGAGUGGUAAAAGGGAACACUGAUUUCUGAAGUGGCCUGGAAACGAAAACCACUGGUCAGUAUCACGUGGACAAGUGCUCAGUGUUUUCCAAAGAUGCUGCUGAAGUAGUCUUUGCUACUGCUUUCCUUCUGUCAAAGUUCUUCAUACCAUGGGCUGCAUGAAAUCAAAGCAAACUUUCCCAUUUCCUACCACAUUUGAGAGUGAGAAGCAGCAUGCAAGUGAAGACAGCUUUAUGCCUGAAGAGAGACUUCUACCUAGGAUGCCUUCUCCAGUUGACAUCAAAGAAGAAGGGAAGGAACCCUCAAGACCUCAAAUUGUCUCUGAAUUUGCACACCACCUAUCCCAGGAAAUCCUGAGCGAUGCCUUGAAGCAGUGGGUAGACAAUAACAUCAAGUACUAUGACAUCCCAUACAUUGAGAGUGAGGGGCCUUGAUGCUGUAGGGUGAUGACACUUUGUUGAAUUGUGGAUAAAGUUGGUGCUAGUUUAAAUAAAUUUAAUAAUAGCAAAAACUGGUGUGAAUAAAUACAAAUAACUCCAUCUGGAUGUAAAAUAUGUCUAUGAUAAUAUUAAGAGUAUAGAAAAACCUAAAAUGAAAUGUUUUAAGCAGUUCUACGUUAAUAGCAAUUUCUACCUGCAUGACCUUGGAUUUUAGUCAUUUAAAGAGCUAAAACAGGUCCUGUGGCAUCACAUUAAUCAGCUGUAUGUUAUAACACUGCUUCCUGAGGCACUAAUAACAUCACCAAAGAAAUAAAGUGCCCCAAGUUUCCAAGUGGUUAUUUUAAAGACACUCCUUUAAAAUAACUGCUUGUUAACUUACAAACAGAAACAAGAUACAAAAAAGAUUUUUCUAGAAAUGCCUUGGCAAGGGAAUGGCACUCAAGCCAUAGUGAUUAACAGUGGGUCUUGUUUGUCAAAACCAUUGGCAUCAAGGAUCCCUACUUAACACAAAUGGAGCAAGAGAUCCACCUUAAACCCUGUCCUUAGUAAGAUAUUUUUGUAGAUGAAAAGCAUAACUAUCACAUUGAACUUCAGGGUCCUUACUAACCACAGCUGUUACUGGAUGAUUCAGGCUUUGCAUAUAAGGCAUCUGAUGAUACAAUUUACAGAAGUUAUGACAUAAAUGUUUAUGGCAGUGAAUUAAGAAGCCCAUUGAGAAAAUAUACAAGAGAACAAAUAUGGAGGUACCUUUUCUAAGUUUACAGCAAUCCAGUAAAUUUUAAAAUAACAGAAGCCCUAGUAAGAAAGGUAGAAAGCAGAACCUGGUCUGAGUGCUGAAUAUAUACUAAGUUUACUCUCACAGAUGCAGAGGGUUAGUAUAAAGACACUCAUUGAGUAGUGGAGCAGUCACCAUCCUGAGAGCAGAUCAUGCAGGAUUUACAGUUGUACUACAAAAGAUCAACCACUUCCCCAAAGAGAGCACUCAUAUUUUUUUUACUAGUAAAAGUGCCCAUAAGGCAUUUACAACCAUACAUACUAUACUACAUUCAUAAGUCUGGCUACCUCUUUCUGAAAGUUUUUUUUUUUUCAACUGUCACAGAACACAUCCCCCACCCCCUUUUUUUUUUAAAGAAGUAAUGUUUGGGAUCAAUGGCAACAUUUGGAAACAAGGGAAGACAGUGAGAAGACAUAAGUCAUAGGAAAAUUGGGAUUGAGUCUCUAGAAUUAUUUUUUCAGUAAGAUUUGCAACACAUUGAGUUUAACUGGAAAGGGAAUUAUUUGAGCCCAUAUGAGUUAGAUCCUUUUAUUAAGGUACAAUAGACCUUUGUCAUUAAAAUCUAAAGGAAGGCAAAAAAAGGCUUGUGACCUCUUUAAUGAGAUAAAUUUGUAUUUGGCCUUGUAAGCAGGCAGAGAUGCUGCCUCUAAUCUUAACAGUUGUACUUUGAAACCCACAAAUAGUGAAAACUCCAAGUCACAAAGACAGUUCCUUGGAGUGAGUGACAGCCAUCUUUCAGGUGCCUUUGGACACCUGGACAUUCAACUUUCUUUUCACCCAGUCCCAGGAUUUGUACUGUCCUGUUGUACCUGAAAUCUGGCAGCUUACGAAAUAGAAAACCCACCACCCCUUUUAUACCAGGAUCUGAAGUCAGAAGAGCAGAAAGUUUCCCAAAAGUGCAAAAGAUAUUUCCAGCUCGUGAAAAAAAUUCUGGUUUUUGAUGUUUAUACUCAUGAUUCAGACAAAAGCCUAGAUGUUGCCAUUUUUCAUUCAUUUUAUAUUUCACAUCAGAACAGGUGUGCUGCAAGGUCAUUUGCUGUUCAAAAGAUGUAUUUUAGAUAGAUAAUAAAAUACAGGGAAAACACAAAGCCAUAUAUAAGAGCACAUUACACUAAAUUUUUCAGCAUCACAGGGGUAUAGACUAGCACUAGCAGGUUUUUGUUAGAUCUGAAUAUUUGAACCUCAGGUUCCUCCUCUGGCCUGGGCCCCUAUUUCCCAGGGAUGUAACAGGGUUACCUCCUAGGUCCAUAUCUAGCUACCACCUUCCCUGGCACUGUGGCAGUAUGGUUUUGUCACUGAGCACUGCCACCUCACCCCUGACUUAUUUUAACAGAGAACAGUAUCUUCAAACAUAUAAGACUUCUCUUGAAAAAGUGUGCUAUAUGACAUGUCAAACCAUGGACAAGAAACUACAAAGCUGGCAUAAUCAAUUACUCAGUAUAUAAACCAUUGGGGGCAGGCAGGCCAAAGAGCUGGAUAAACAAAUUUGUACUGCCAUGUGAUAGUUAUCAAGAUAGAAGAGAACAUCUCUAAUAGGAUUAUUCAACUUCUUUCGUACCUGCCUAUUAAAUACUGGAUUGGCACUUUACUUUGAACUUUUAUGAAUAAAAGAGUAGAAGGACUUUUUCAGAAAGAAGGAGAAAUGUAAAACAGAAGACUGAAAGAAUUUGUACCUACUGGAAAGGGAAACAUUGUUCCAACUUACAUCACAACUAUAGAUGAAGUAAGAAUAGUGGCCAAAUUAUAAGGGAAAGGAAAGUGGGGAAAAGAGGGCCCGAGCAGCGGCACUACCACCAGGCCCCAUCAGAAGACGCGGUGCAAAAACAAAUCUCCAAAGGCUUCAACUGAGGGAAGAGACAGUGGCAGCAGGUUCCUUUCUUUACCACAGACACAUGCCCAGCCCCUGACUCUUUCCCCUCAAAGACACCCACUAAAGGGGCGGGUGAGCUGCCACCAGCAGGACACCCUGCAAGUGGCAACUAGAGAAGCAGCAGACUAUCAGAGGAAAUGUGCCAAUUCCUCAUUUACAGAGACACAAGACCCCACAAACGUGCUUCCCUGCCCCCUCCCCCCCUUACGUGUCUCGCAUGUACUCUUACCUGUGUGUUAUGUUAUAUAGGCCUUUAAUCCCAGAGCUCCGUUUGCAGUUGCCUUAUCAGUUCUUUGCAAACUACCUGUGGUUGUCAGCACUUAAAAACACAAUUUUGAAGGAGAUAAAAAUGAUCUUAGCUGCAAAGUAAUUAAUUUGUGUCAAAUUGCCUUACUAGUAUUAAAAAUAGACACGAUGAAUGAAUGAAAUAGCAUGGCACUCAUGUAUCCUUAGUAUCAUUGGCAUUUUAUGAGAUAGGAGAACUGUACUUUUGUAUUAUAUAGUUUUAGAAAUGAAAGGUAGAGACACAUCAUAAAUAAGUCAAAGAACACUAAUUUAAAAACAGAAUUCUAACAAAUACAUUUGCUUAAUCACAAUGCCCUCACCCUGUAUUUGUGUAUGGAACAGGACAUGUCUUCCUUGGAGCAGUGGGCAUGGGCUCAGAUGUACUCCCUACGUACCCUCUGCAAAACUCCAGUUUUGUUAGCAAAUUCUCUUCCCUGUAAGACUUACCUAUCAAAUGGUAUAUUUUUUCCAAAUAUUUUUGUGAAAUAUUAUUUUCUAACUGUACAAUAAAAGCCUAGUUGCAA